GCUUUGUCCUUGACGACUCCUGGCCCUGCGAGCUCCUCCUCCGUCCCUCCUUAUAUAAGGCCCUCCUUUUUCUUCCCUCAUUGUUCCCGAGGUUCAGCUCGCCCCGCCCGCUACCCGACCACCCUCUCCAUCCUCCACUCUCUUACCCACGUUCUUGUCGCCAUGUUCUUCGCCAAGACACUCGUCGCCCUCACGCUCGCUUUCUACGCCUCUGCGCUUGCUACCCCGCACCUCGCCCGGAAUGCGCACCACCAUCGUUCCAUUGCUGCCCACCAUGUGGAGCCUGUGGUCAUUGCUCAGCCCGAGUCGGUCAUAGUCAAGCCGAAGCGCAAGCGUUCCCUUAACAAGCGCUGCAUUCCUUCGUCCUCUGCGAACAGCACGGUCGUUGCCUCUUCGGUCCUUAGCAGUGCUGCACCCGCGAGCUCUUCUGCUCCUGUCAAUGUUGGUGGCGCGCCCCCGACGUUCUCGUCUUCGAUCGUCGUGUCUGUCCCUGCCUUCACCCCCAGCAGCACAUACGUCGCACCCACCAGCACCUAUGAGACACCUUCCAGCACCUAUGUAGCGCCGCCUACCAGCACCUAUGUGGCACCCACUAGCACCUAUGUGGCGCCCACCAGCACCUAUGUUCCUCCGUCGCCGACCUACACGCCAACAUCCACCUCGUCGGCUGCUGCUUCCGGUCCUACCUGGCUCUACGAGACCAACACGGGUGAUGCCACGUUCUACGCGGCUGGUCUUGGUGCUUGCGGUAUCACUAACACCGAUUCCGACUACAUUGUUGCAGUCUCCUGGCAGCUGUUUGACAACUACCCGGGUUAUGAUGGCACGAACCCGAACACCAACCCUGUUUGCAACAAGCAGAUCACUGCCAACUACCAGGGCAAGUCGGUCACGGUCACGGUCACCGACCGCUGCACAGGCUGCGACGUGACGAGCUUGGACUUCACUCCCACUGCCUUCCAGGAUAUGGCUCAACUUGCCGUUGGUCGUCUCACUGGUAUGACCUGGGUCUGGUCAACAUAAGCAUUCCGCGCAUACCAGCGUGUGAGCAGCAUCUGCUGCUUAUGCUGCACAUACCAUCUACA